CCCAUUUCUGACUUUAAAGUCAGAAUUCUGACUUUAUUCUCAGAAUUCUGACUUUAAAGUCAGACUUCUGACUUUAUGGCGUGGGGUGGCGGAGGGAGAGUCAGUGUGGUGUGGUUUUGACCAGAGAGGACAUUAUGUCGUCAACGAGUGACUUUUUGCGUGCCAGAGGAUUGCCGGAGGACAUCAUUUCACACUUGGAGGAGCAGGGGAUAAAGUGACUGAUGGAGGGUGCAACUCAACCAGUGCCUGAAAAGCCGGAUUUGGAUGACUUAAUCAAGCUAUGCUUUAGACUUGCAUUCAGCAACAAGGAAAUACUUGCAGUUUUAGCACAUAAUGCUCAGACUAUUAUAAGUAUUCGGACUCUGAAGAGAACUUGUAAAAGACUUGGUCUGUUCCGAAGAAAGAAUCAGUCGGACCUGGGAGAUGUGUUGGCUUUUGUCCAGCAUGAAAUCCUGACUUGUGGCCAGAUGCAAGGUUAUCGCUGGCUUCAUCUACGUGCGAUUCAAAAAGGAUUUGUUGUCUCACAAGAUACAAUAAGACAAAUUAUAAAAUUGGUUGACCCGGUCGGCGUGGAAUUAAGAAGAGCACGACGCCUUAGAAGACUCCAGUACAGCUGCAGAGGCACAAAUGCUCUUUGGCACAUGGAUGGCUAUGAUAAAUUAAAACCCUAUGGGAUUUGCAUCCAUGGUUGUAUUGAUGGGUUUAGCCGGUAUGUGUUAUGGGCAGAGGCCUAUACCACAAACAAUGAUCCCAAGGUGAUUGCAAGUUAUUUUAUCAAAACAGUUUCGCGCAUUGGUGGAUGUCCAGAGAGGAUCCGUGCAGACAGGGGCACAGAAAAUUGUUGUGUUGAACAGAUGCAAUUGUGUUUGCGACAAAACCACUCUGACAAUUUUGCUGGGGAGAAAAGUUUUCUUUACGGGAGAAGUACUGCCAAUCAGCGCAUUGAAGGGUGGUGGUCCAUCCUUCGCAAACAGAGCGCACAGUUCUGGAUUAAUUUAUUUCAAACUCUUCAGGAGGAUGGUCACUACACAGGAGAUUUUCUGGAUAAAAGUCUUAUCCAGUUCUGCUUUCUUAAUCUUGUGCAGGAUGAGCUGGAUGAAGUUGUGAACACAUGGAACUCGCACAAAAUAAGACCAAGGUCGAACGGUGAUACAGCUUCAGGCCGGCCAGUCGUCAUGUAUUCAUUGCCUGCCAUGCACAGUGCCGAGGAUCGACUGAAACCCACUGGAAUGCAAGAUAUCACUGCGUGUAUGGAAGAGUGCCCUCCAAAAUGCCAGUUUCCUUGCGAUGAAACUGUAUUUGAACUGUGUUGUCUGCUAAUGGAGGAAAAUGAAUGGCACGCUCCAUCAGAUCCAUUGCAUGCAAGUGACUUGUAUCUUAUGUUGAGAGAGGAAUUACUGAAGAUUGUUUGAAAAGCGUAUUGAUGUAAUACAUAUAAACUCCUCAGAAAAUAAUUUAAUCAGUAGUCUGUAUACUCAGUUACUAUGUUUUUUUAGUCUUACAAUGCCUUCUUGACCUUUAAAUAUUCCUUAAUGACCCAAAUUUUCCAGAAUAAUUCAUUGCAAAA